AUGUCUGGCCGUUUCGUGCGCUCAUCCAAGUACCGCCACGUCUUCGGACGACCAACACGAAAGGAUCAAUGCUAUGAUAACCUCCGUGUUUCCCGCAAUGCCUGGGAUACCAACCUUGUGAAGGUCAACCCCCGUUAUCUCUCCGUAAACUGGGAAGCUGGUGGUGGAGGUGCCUUCGCCGUAAUUCCUCUCAGCGAGCGAGGCAGACUCCCGGAGCGGAUACCUUUGUUUCGUGGUCACACCGCAGUUGUUCUAGAUACGGACUGGAAUCCUUUCAACGACGACUUACUCGCUUCCGGAUCCGAUGAUGGCAGAGUCUACCUUUGGCGAGUUCCUGAGGGGUUCACGGUCAACCCCGACAUAGAUUCCGAUGAUAUUCAAGACAUUGCGCCUGUUGGAAAGCUUAGCGGUCACCCGAAAAAGGUAGGCCACGUGCUCUUUAAUCCCGCGGCUGAAAACAUCCUCGCGACGGCAUCCGGAGACUAUACAGUGAAGAUCUGGGAUAUUGAGGCUGGCGCAUCCAAGCUGACGUUGAACGUGGGCGAUAUUGUGCAAUCGCAAUCCUGGAGCGCGAACGGUUCUCUUCUCGUUACUACCUCCCGUGACAAGAAGCUGCGAGUAUGGGACGUCCGUCAAGAACGACCUGCGCAUGAGGGCCCAGGACACACAGGAGCCAAGAACAGUCGUUCAGUAUGGUUGGGAGAACGUGACAGGUUUGCAACCACCGGUUUCUCCAAGAUGAGUGACCGCCAGCUGGCUCUUUGGGAUAUGCGAUCCCCCCAACUGCCCAUUGAUGGCUUCAAGACCCUCGACUCUAUCUCUGGUGUGUGCAUGCCGUUCUGGGACGACGGUACCCAGUGCCUGUACCUGGCUGGUAGAGGUGACGGUAACAUCCGAUACUACGAACUAGAGAACGACAAAUUUGAGUACCUAUCGGAAUACAAGUCCGGGGACCCCCAGCGAGGUAUUGCCUUCAUGCCUAAACGUGGUGUGGACAUGCACGACAAUGAGAUUACCCGCGCGUUCAAGACCGUUAACGAUACCUACAUCGAGCCGAUUUCUUUCAUUGUUCCUCGUCGGGCCGAGUCAUUCCAGGACGAUAUUUACCCACCUACCAUUGGCGUGACACCUGCAAUGAACGCCUCAGAAUGGUUCUCCGGAAAGGAGGCCAUCCCACCUAAGAUAUCCAUGGGCAGUCUCUACGAUGGUCAGGGUUUGAAAGAGGUUACCGGUAUUCAGGACAAGCCCACCUCUAGCUUGAGUACCGAAUCUAAGCCCGAGCCUAAGCCCGAGCCUAAGCCUGCCUCUCCAGUCAAGAAGGCGCCUGAGCCUGUCUCCGAGCCAACUCCGGUGGCCAAGCCAGCACCAUCCAUGAAAGACCAGGGUGCAUCCAUGGCUGCUAUGGUGAACAAGUUCGCGGAUGACGAGGAGCCCGAAAAAGUGGUGGAGUCAAGCUUCGAUGAGCCCUCGAAGCCAGUCGAGCGAUCUACUCGUUCCCCCGGAACUUCCUCACCGUCGGUCAAGGCUAGUCCGUUCAUUCAAAAGGAAGAUCCGAUCAAAGCACAGUCCCCUACCACGGCCUCACCUACGACCGCCGAACGCUCCCCUGCACCGAGCAGCCCAAGCACCCAGCCCACAGCACCGUCAAGCACCACCGGAUCCGUCUCAACUGACACCGUCCAGCGAGAAAUCAGCGCCAUCAAGGACCUUAUCGCGGAACAAACCAAGACCAUCGCAUCGCAGGCACAGCAAGUGUCGAAACUCACUUCUGAGAUCGAAUCUCUCAAGGCUCAGCUGGGCUAG